AUGUUUUUCGCUGAAUCAUCGGCUUAUCAGCCUAUGUUUGUUAUAUGGUUUAAUGCGGAGCCUAUCCUGCUUUUACUGAGGCAAGAACCGGAGGUUGCGCGGCUUGCUGGUAUUUACUUGAAAUGGGCCUCGUUAGGUCUGCCGGCCUAUGCAUUCAAUUGCAUUUCCUGCUCGAUGCUCACCAUCAAUUCUCGUCAAGGUCUCUUCGCUGUGCCAACUCGUAUCAUCAUGGCAGUGGCACCUAUCAACGUGCUUUUAAAUUAUGUGCUGGGUGGUCUGGAACCAAUCAGAUUAGGUUUCAUUGGCGCCCCGAUAGCGACAUCGAUUUCCUAG